UUAAUUAUUUUGUACACAUCAUUAUUGGAGGCGUCACCACUUUGUCAGAGUCAUGUGAGAGAAAUCGUUUAAAAACCUUUUUAUGAUGUCUAUGCUGCCUAGCUCAAAGUCAAGAAGAUCGGAACUGUAUAUUCUGUAUUUAUCUUUUUGACUGCGAUAUGUUUGGACACCUAAUUCUGCAAAAUGUGGUGUUAUUAGCCGAAAACAUGGUCCCCUUUCCGUCAGCGUAAUUGAAGAAAAACUACAAAUCAUCCGUUCAGCUCAGCAGCUGGAGAGAGCGGACGAUCUCCUGAUUUUCCCCCGAGUCUGGAGCGAGGGGUAUUAUAGGCCUACCGUUCCGUCGUUGUUGUAGACGGUACGCCGGCACGUCACAUUUCUGCAGACUAGUUCAAGUUUCAACUGAGAAUUCUUUCCUUGGAUAAUUUAUUGUCAUCUACCAGUACCAGCGAUACUAAAACAAAAUGGGAAAUUGCCUAAAAUCAUGUUUUGGGAAAGUAAAAUCAAAGAAGACAGAUUAUUUUUCAGGACGAUUCAACAACUCAUCAAUCGACAUUGAGUUUGAAAACCUUAUCGAGGAUGAUGAUGAACAGAGGAACCACGAUGUUCUCACAGACGAUGAGAGAAACCUCCUUCUGAAUAGACGCUAUACUGAUCUUGUUCAAGAGCAACAGAAAAUUGAUGCCAAACUCGACAAAGAGUUGGCAUUAGAAGAAGAGAAUGCACGUUUGGAAGAAGAGGCAUACAAUGCAGCCAAGCAGGAAGCUUCCCGGGCCGCCAAGAGGGCGAGGUUACUUGAGAUGGAGAAACAAAGAACGAAGUCACAGCAGAGCAAUGGAUCAACUAAGGCAUGGCUUGGAGAUGAUGCAGGAGAUUGGGAAAUAGCAACAGAGGAUGAUUUUGAAGCAUUCCUAGACACAGUAAAAGCAAAAUCUGAAACUGUGAGAGCAAGUGUGGCCUCUAUGUUGAACAACUCCACAACAACUACCACCAACACCACCACUACCACUAAUCAAGCCGUUGCCAAGCAACCAAGUACCAACACUACUACCCCUAUGAUCCACCAAUCCCCUACUUCUAUAAAGCCAACAUCUUCAGAUACCCCAAGCAAAAUAUCACAAAACCCAUCAGUGAUGAGCUCUAGUCCCAGUCCAGCGGGAGCCUUGACUAGUGCUGUCCCAUCAGAUACACAAUCUGGCCAGUUUAAUAGCCUAAGGACCCAGGGGGGUAAGCUAGGGUUGUCUAACGAAGGAGUCAAGGGGCAAGUUGGUGGAUCGGGGCAGGUUGACCAUGGCCAGACUUCUAGUAACCCUGAUGUGAUCAGUGAGGCUAGUCAAAGGGCUAAUCCUCAGGGAGUGGGGAAGUCAUCUUCCCAGGGAGCGGGGCAGAAUGGUUUGACGGAGGGAGAUGGACAAGAAGGAAAGAUGUCAUAUUACAUCAAACCAGGGUCCAAGUCAUCAAAUCACCAUGAAGAUGAUGACUCUGACGUAGAGUGGGAAGCUGACUUUGUGUCCGCCGAUUCCCCCUCCGAGCCGAUCACAAUCACACCGCAGUCAUCCCCAGCCAAGCUACCUACAACGCAGUCAAUCGGCUCAUCCAACUCAACCACCAUUCCAUCUCGGCAUCAACCAAUCAAAACGGGUCUUCCAUCCAGCUCUAGGCCUAAUGGCUCUGCCUUAGCCAAUGGACAGCUACCUUACAAACACGAAGUGGAUAAGGAGAUUGAGACCAGUUUGACGGAAGGCAAGGUGAAACCAAAAGGAGGAACGAAUCCUGUGAAACCCAAGAAGACAUUAGACAUUGAUAUUGACAAGUUCCUUGAAGAAUUGGAUUUCGAUACAUGAUUGGAAUGAAUCAGCAAGUGUUUUAUUCGUUGCAAUACAACCUAUUAGAUAGGCAACUUCUAUUUCUAGCUGUUGAGUAGAAGAACCAGUUAGCUGAUGAAUUCAAUGGCAUGGAUGAGAUUUCAAAGCAACAGUAACACUGCAUCCUUUGACAAGGCAUCAAUCCACGUUUUGUUAAAUGGGUACCUGGUAGGAAGUUAUAGCCAAAGUAAAUGUAGUAUGCCUAGCAAUUGAGUUUUGAACUCUCAUUGCAUACAUAGUGUGCGGGCAAGCCAGGUUCUAGUCAUCGGGUUUAUAUGUAUACACCUCAAAAGUGCUUAGAGAUGUCUUUCGGUGUAUGAAUUGCUACAUGAAGCGGAAUAUCAUUAUCGCUAUUAGAUACAUGAUUUCUUGCGUUUCAGGUGGGGGGGGAUGGGAGGAU